ACAAUUUUUGAAAAAUUUACUGGGUGUGUUUGAUUCGAAGUUACAAUUUGCAGUUCUAGUAAUCAUUCUGUUCAUCUUGCUCCUAAACCAAAGCAGGGCUGUAGACGUCUUUCGAGGCCGUGCCUCAGUUCAUCGUUUAGUCUCCUGCCUAAAGAAAUAGUCGUAUUCCUACAGGUGAUACUUACUUGGUCCGCUGUGCGGAACAAGAUGGAUCAACAAGAUGUCAUCUAUUUGGCCGUCCUUGUAGCGUCAAUUUUACUUGCACAUAUCUUCAGACUAAUUCCUCAGCCUGGAAUCAAACAAGUAUUUGGAGGGAUCAUUGGCUUCAGCAUCGCUGUUUUAGUGUGUGGGUGGCAAGUAUAUCAUUCGUUGAUUACAGCCUCAGUAAACUACAUCUUCAUUCGACACGUCAGCACAAAAUACAAUCACAUCCUCUCCUUCGUCUUCUGCUUCGCAUACAUUGGUUUCACCCGAGUGUCGUUCUUAUUGGGCUUGGAGCCUAUCGGUGGUCAUACCAAUGUCAUCCAGUUAAUUCUGACAGUCAAGCUUGUCAGCUUAGCCUUUGACAUUCGUGAUAGGAAAAUCAGCCAGGAGAGCAACAAGAAAGACGAGGACAGUCGCACAGCUAUAUUUUAUCGUGAUGAAUAUGACUCUGCUUUACUUGGAUUCAAGAUGCCCACCACACUACCAUUAAUCCCGGACAUAGUGGAGUACUAUUGUUUUGUCUACUGCUUUGUUGGGCUGCUGACUGGACCUUUCUUCCGCAUCUCUACCUUCCGUCAUGCUGUAUGGCGACCUAAUGCUGGCUCGCUGCCUACAUUGAAGCCGUCUUUACUGCGACUGGCACCGUUUCCUCUGUAUGCUGGCAUUACAUUUAUAUUUGCCAAGUACUUUCCACAUGCCUACUUGGGCACUGAUGAGUAUGGAGAGCUACCGUAUGUACACAGAAUCCUCUAUGUUGUUCCUGCCUUCAUUGGCUAUCGCUAUCGCUAUUACACCGGCUGGUCUUUGGCUGAAGCAGCUAUCGUUGCCUCCGGUGUUGGGGCAUAUCCUGUGGAGACAAAGCCAGAAGCAGGCCAAGGACCGACGCAGCCAUUGUCAGAUGGGAAAAGCUCUGGCCAGUUGGAUUUCUCUGCCGUUUACAAUCUGGACGUAUAUCGCAUUGAAACAGCAACGGAUAUGCGCACUGCCAUUCGUCACUGGAACAUGAGCGUGCAGUGGUGGAUGACAUAUUACAUCUACAAGCGAUUUCCAUCGAAAUCGUUGCGGUUUCCGGCAGUGUGGUUCACUAGUGCUUACUGGCAUGGUGUGCGACUCGGCUACUACCUAUGUUUCAUGUCCACUGUGCUGACCAGCCUUACUGAAAGUACAUGGUGGAAAGCAACAGCAUUCCUGCGGAAGAAGGGCCCAAUGUAUGAACGGGCUAUGCUAGUGAUCGGCUGGUUCCUCUGCUUCCGCUACUUUGAGCACCUCGCUGUUGGUUUCAUGCUCCAGCACCCCUCUAUCGUAUUCAAGUCCUGGUCAUAUACAUACUUCUUUGGACAUUCAUUAGCGAUAUGUGUUCUAGUUCUGGCCAUGCUCCUCACAGCAGUGGUUCCACCCGAAAAGAAGAAAGAGUAGGACUGUUUUUUACUUGUCGUUAUGCUCUACUUAUUUAUUGAAGAAAUUUCUAUAGAACAAUUGAUUUUUCAAUGCUAAAGUUGCUUUUUAGGAUAUGUUUCCCCUGCCUUUGGCAUUAUGGAAGUGACAUUUUGUCUUCCGUUUCUUUUGCAAAAUUGUGGACCCCUUGUCCAGCUUUCUUUUUGUCUUCCACAGGACUAUUAGAUUGUUUUUGCCAAGCCAUCCCUCAAUAGACCACCAAUCCCAUGAGAAUACACUAUUAGAACCCAUAUACAUUGUACAUGUACUGUACUACCACUGCAGCAGUACAGGAAUCUGCAACAUGCAUUUUUUUAUGACUCCCUGAUCUACACCUUACAUGUGUGGCUAAAACAAACCCUGCCUAGCUAGGUGGUAGCAUAGUACGCAAAUGGCAUAGAUCAUUGAAGCAUAGCAGGCGAAUGGCCUGGAUUUUAGCAUUUGUUGCGUCAAACUCUAAAAUCUUCCUUCGUGCCUUUUGUGUGUAGUACUAGUAGUCACCCUUAUAGGCGUUGAUAUUCAUUCCAUGGAGUGGUCGUCAGGUGCGAAAACAAAUAAUGACCUUGUAAUUGUUUCGGGUCUAAAGGAUUCCUCUACACAACCUAUGCAAAUUGAUGAAAUGGGUUUCA